AUCAGAGAACGCAGACAGACAGGUUGACUUGGCUAUCCCCAAAUCUCUCAAUUCGCAAACCCCCCCUCUCCCAUGGCCGGCUACCCGCCAAACCCCGGCUCCGGCUACCCCUACGGCGCCGCCGGUGGCUACGGGGCCCCGCCACCGCCCUACGGCUCCUCCCCCGCCCCCUCCGCCCCGCCCUACGGCGACAAGCCCCCCAAGGAGGGCAAGACCUCCUCCUCCGGUUCCGCCCCUUAUUACGGCGCCCAGCCCUACGGCGGCGGCGGGGGCGGCUACGGAGCCCCGCCUUCCGCCCAGCCCUACGGGGCGCCGCCUUCCACCCAGCCCUACGGCGCCCCGCCCACCACCCAGCCGUACGGCGCCCCCUACGGGGCCCCGCCGCCCUCGUCGGCGCCCUACGGGGCGCCCGGCGGGUACGGCAGCCCCUUCGCGUCGCUGGUGCCGUCGGCGUUCCCGCCGGGGACGGACCCGAACGUGGUGGCGUGCUUCCAGGCGGCGGACCGGGACGGCAGCGGGAUGAUCGACGACAAGGAGCUGCAGUCGGCGCUGUCCGGGUACAGCCAGAGCUUCAGCCUCCGCACCGUCCACCUCCUCAUGUACCUCUUCACCAACACCAACGUCCGCAAGAUUGGGCCCAAGGAAUUUAUCUCUGUGUUUUACAGCCUUCAGAAUUGGAGGAGCAUUUUUGAGAGGUUUGAUCGUGACCGAAGUGGUAGAAUUGAUGCAGCAGAAUUGCGUGAUGCUCUUCUCAGUCUGGGAUAUUCAGUUUCUCCAACUGUGCUAGACUUGCUUGUCUCUAAGUUUGACAAGACUGGGGGCAAGAACAAAGCAAUUGAAUAUGAUAACUUCAUUGAAUGCUGCCUCACAGUUAAGGGUCUGACUGAGAAGUUCAAGGAAAAAGACACAGCCUUCUCGGGCUCUGCAACUUUUACUUAUGAGGCUUUCAUGUUGACCGUACUCCCUUUUCUCAUUGCAUAGAAUGGUAAUGCGCUGCAGACUCGACCUUUGAGAUCAUGCCCAUUGUAUUGAAAAGGUUAUGUAAUUCUGUUCAUCAACUUGUUUUUAACUGAGUUUAUUUUGUGGACAUAAAAUCGACAAGUGCUUCGCCGAACAGUCAUGUUACAAUGGUCAUGCAUGUGAGGAUUGCUCUGAAAAUGAUGUAAUGUAAUGCGGAAAAAUCUAAAUAGUGCAUGCGCUUUGUUUGGUC